GGUGAAAGAAGAGAUCUCGGAUGACAAUGCCAAGCUUCCCUGCUUCAACGGCCGGGUGGUGUCGUGGCUGGUGUCUGCAGAGGGUUCCCAUUCAGAUGCUGGCUCGGUCUGUGCCGAUAACCAAACAGAACUGCCACCCUCCAUGGAGCGCACAGGAGGAAUUGGAGACUCCAGGCCCCCCUCUUUCCACCCGAACACUGGGGGGAGUCGGGAAAACCUGGACAAUGAGACAGAGACAGACUCAGUGGUGUCAUCGCAGAGGGAGCGACCUCGUCGGAAAGAUGGGCCUGAGCAUGCACCCAGGGUGAAUGGGACAGUGAAGGGAGAGCGGCGCCGAGACCUGGGCGGGUACGAGAGCUCCUCCACGCUCAUGAGCAGUGAGCUGGAGACCACCAGCUUCUUCGACUCAGAUGAAGAUGAUUCCACCAGCAGGUUUAGCAGUUCGACAGAGCAAAGCAGUGCUUCCCGUCUAAUGAGGAGACACAAGCGACGCCGGCGGAAACAGAAGGCUCCACGCAUUGAGCGGUCGUCGUCCUUCAGCAGCAUCACAGACUCCACCAUGUCCCUGAACAUCAUCACAGUCACGCUGAACAUGGAGAAAUACAACUUCCUGGGCAUUUCUAUUGUGGGACAGAGCAAUGAGCGUGGCGAUGGAGGCAUUUACAUUGGCUCUAUCAUGAAGGGCGGCGCUGUGGCUGCUGAUGGCAGGAUUGAGCCAGGAGACAUGCUCUUGCAGGUAAAUGACAUCAACUUUGAGAACAUGAGCAAUGAUGAUGCUGUGCGGGUGCUGAGGGAGAUUGUGCACAAGCCGGGGCCCAUCACCCUGACGGUGGCCAAGUGCUGGGAUCCCAGCCCGCGGGGCUGCUUCUCGUUACCCAGGAGUGAGCCCAUCCGGCCCAUCGACCCGGCAGCCUGGGUGUCUCACACGGCAGCGAUGACUGGCACCUACCCAGCGUACGGUAUGAGUCCAUCCAUGAGCACAAUCACUUCCACCAGCUCCUCCAUCACCAGCUCCAUCCCAGAGACUGAACGCCUCGAUGACUUUCACCUGUCCAUCCACAGCGACAUGGCCACCAUUGUCAAAGCCAUGGCCUCACCAGAGUCAGGCCUGGAGGUGCGUGACCGCAUGUGGCUGAAGAUCACCAUCCCCAAUGCCUUCAUUGGUUCGGAUGUGGUGGAUUGGCUCUAUCACCAUGUGGAGGGCUUUACAGACCGUCGUGAAUCCCGCAAAUAUGCCAGCAAUCUGCUGAAGGCUGGCUACAUCCGACACACCGUGAACAAGAUCACCUUCUCAGAGCAAUGCUAUUACAUCUUCGGGGACCUCUGUGGAAACAUGGCUAAUCUUUCUCUUCAUGAUCACGAUGGCUCCAGUGGCGCCUCCGAUCAGGACACUUUGGCUCCACUCCCCCACCCAGGAGCUGCACCCUGGCCUAUGGCUUUCCCGUAUCAAUAUCCACCACCUCAUCCAUACAACCCCCACCCCGGCUUCCCUGACCCAGGCUACAGCUACGGAGGGGGCAGUGCAGGCAGCCAGCACAGUGAAGGGAGCCGGAGCAGUGGUUCCAAUCGCAGCGGCAGCGAGAGGAGGAAGGAGAGAGAGAAGACCGGGGAGUCCAAGUCAGGUGGCAGCGGGAGCGAGUCGGACCACACCACGAGGAGCAGCAUGCGGCGUGAGCGCGCAGCCAGCGAGCGCUCGGUGCCAGCCAGCCAGCACAGCCAGCGUAGCCAGCACUCUCUGGCUCACAGUAUCCGCAGCCACCACAGCCAGCAGUCAUACGGGCCACCCGGCCUACCCCCUCUCUUCAGCCCCCCCAUGUUGCUGAUGCCGCCACCACCUUCAGCCAUGGGGCCCCCCGGGGCGCCGCCGGGCCGUGACCUGGCCUCUGUGCCCCCCGAACUGACAGCCAGUAGACAGUCCUUCCGAAUGGCCAUGGGCAACCCCAGUGAGUUCUUUGUGGAUGUAAUGUGAAGCGCCCGCCCCCUGUCUGUCUGCUGCCCCUCCUUCCCCCUCCAUCCCUGUCGUUUGUCUCCUAGGACCAGCCCUGGCUUCACCCCUUGUUUUUUGGGUUUUGUUUUUUUGGUUGGUUUUUUUUUUUUGGUCUUGAUAAUGAAAAGAAAAAAAGGGAAAAAAAAAUAAUAAAUGGAACUAAACCCUGA